AUGGCCAGCAGUGAACCGAUCAUGUCCUUCCGUUCCCCGACGCCCUUCUACCUUAUUCCUCUAAACUGUACGGAUACUCCUCGACGGGGCAUGCUCGACGAGCUCCCAUGGACGGAUUGUUUGGAACAUCGUGAGGCAAAAUCUCUCUACGCCGUUGAUAGGGGAGCGACACCGGACAGUCAAAUGACAUCCUGCUGCAUGCAUAUUCACAACCAUCCGGCCAAGCCCUUUCCCGAGUUCGAAUUCAACAUCACAGGAAUACAAAUUCAACUUGAUUUUACCAAAUUCAGUCAUGCUUUCUCGAACUGCAUCAUCCCUCGCAAUGAACCGAGUACCGGUCACGCCGCGCCGUUGUACCUGCCAUCUAACACCCGCCACUCGGCCGCAUUCGGCCUUGCUUGUACUUGGGGGAAGAGAGACCCUGACAAAUCGCAUGUCCAUCUCCUGAGGGUCGAAGGUCGCGGUCUUCCCCGGAACACGCCUCCUCUUUCAGCCUCCAGGAACCUCAGCAUCUUCUUUGUUCCUCAAAACGACUCUAAUAUUCCCCUGCUCAUUCUUUUGUCUCUCACAGUAGCAGUGGCCGUUUCUAGCGCUGUUCCCUGCCGCCUCCCGUUUCUUGAGCCGUCGGCUCGGGUCAAUACUGCCAGGGCAAGCGACCUGAGUGCUCACGGUCACGGUCUUGUUAGGUACUUGUUCGGACAUUUCGUGGGGCCCUGCUAUUUUCAAGGCGGCAGGCAUCAACCUGCACCUUUCCAGGCAGUCUGUGCCGGCUGUGAUUGCAUUGUACGCACAUUAUCUGCAUUGAGAGGGUUGACAGAGGAAAGAUCAAGACAUGAACACGCCAACGCAUUUCAAAACGCCAUCGUCGUGUAG